AUGGCGCCCUUCUCCGGCGCGUCCGCCGCCACGCCCAUCACUCCCAUUGACCGCACAAACAGACUGGCCAUGCUGUCCGAAGAGGAUGAUUUGGACACCGUAUGGGCAGACAUUAUUUCAAGAUGCAGCAAGAUCACAAAGUGGGACCUGAACGACCGGCGGUCGUUGACAGUUGACCAAGUUAUCAGCAAGAUUGUCCCGCCCAAAGACAAGAAGGCGGCAGAGAGCACCGGCAAAGCGAAGGAGGUAUUCAAAAACGCAUUGGUAUGCGUGCAACGAUUUGGCGAGAUUGCUGCAAACGCUGCGAGCAUGGUGUUUGGCCCGAGCCAGCAGUGCUUCAAUGCUAUCAGCUUUGUCAUAUCCGCAGUGCAGGAGUACGACGAUGUGUUCAAUAACAUUACUGCGCUCAUGGAGCGCGUUUCUGUGUUUCUCGAAAGACUUCGCAUCUACCUUGGCGAUACAGACGCAAAGACGAAACUGGACAAACGAUUGCGCCUGACAGUAUAUCGAGUGCUCGAGCACUUUUUGAUGAUCAUGGGUCUGGCCCACAAACUCACACGAGGUUGGAAAGCGAAAUUCAAGCUUGCAGCGAAAAUUGGUGCUUUUGGCGAGGACGAUGGCGUGAAGGAGGCAUUGGCUACGUUGGAGAGGUUGAUUUCAUAUCAAACCCAAACAGAAAUCACCGUCAUUCUCAAAGACAUGAGCGAAGCUGCCAAGAAUAUCCGCUCUCUGAACAGCAAAUUGGACAGUAUCGCAGACGCCCAAGAGAAGGCCGCUUCAUCACUUGGCUUCUUGCAAACUGCUGAGGAGCGAAGGAAGGCAGAGGAUGAGGAUCGCAAGCGUCUCGAGACUUUACGCGAGGCACUCAACAUCGAAAGUACCAAACGGCCGUGGAGCGAGAAGCAAGAUGAGCUCUGGGGCAAGCAUAUCGAAGGAACUGGCAAGUGGCUACUGGAGUACAAAGCGCCUUCCAUGUCGUUCGCGCGCUGGGCGGAUUCCAAGCAGCCUGAUGUCAAUGUGUUCAGCGUGAAGGCAGACGAAGGAUUCGGAAAGAGCUUUCUGUGUAGCAUCGUGGUCAAGCACCUGCAAGACAAGCAUCGCGAAAACCCGCGCAUAUGUGUUGCGUACUACUACUUCGCCCGGGAUAAUCAGGACAAGAGUCCGAUCAACAAAGCCAUGAAGGCCAUCAUCUGGCAACUCGCUUCCUCCACCACCACAGUGAGCAGAGACUAUCUCAAGCUUGCGGCCAAGGCCUGCGGGAAUAACAAGGACUUUGGAAGAACAGCAGAUCUCUGGCAGAAGUUGGUGGGCGAGGCGGCGAAGCAUCUGGACGCAACAUUUUACAUUGUGUUGGAUGGCAUCGACGAGGCUGAAUCUGAAGCUGGAAAGCCUUUGGCAUCCAUCAUCACGCAGAUCAUGAAUCCGGACAAGGACGCACAAUUGCGUGUGCGAUUAUUCUUCACCGGCCGUGCUUCAGGGUUGGAUGCACUGGGCGACGACGUGGAAAGUCAUAUCCCACAGCUGAGAAUCGCGGGUCCUGCUGAUGUUAGGUCGUUGAAUGAGGAUGAUAUCCUUCUGUACGCAGAGUCAAGACUGGACGAUAUGGACAUCUUUGCGAGCAAAAGUGAGCGAAAUGCGGAUAAGAUCACUGAGCUCAAAGAGAGGGCUCGCAUAGAUCUCGGAACUGGUGUCAAAGGUGACUAUUUCGCUUUGGACUACAAACUCGACAGUUUGAGCAAAAGUCGGAACUUUCGUGAGGUGGAAGAAGUUCUCAGUCUUGCCCGAGAGACCAGAAGCCAGGCCAUCGCUCGCGAGAUCAACCACCUGAAUGACACGCUGCGGAAAGAUGAGAUACGCGAACUGAAUGACUUGCUCAUGUGGGUCAUCACGGCUUUUUCGGAUCUCUCUGUCGAGCAGUGCGAGUCUGUAUUGCGACUGAAGGCCGAUACAUUCACCGUCAUCGCGCUGGAGAAGCAGAUCAGAGAAAAGUAUUAUGCCCUGUUCGACGUGGACGACGAGAAGAUGGUCAGCAUGAGAUCUGACGACAUUAGAGAGUACCUCGACAAGGAAGAUAAGGAUGCACCGAACGAUAAUAGUAGCGCUCACCACCAACCGCAUGCCUCUGAACACGUUGCACUCGAAGAGGGAGAGAUCGCAUUGGUGAAACGCUUGCUCAAAACUCACUUCAACAACAUAUUCGGAGGCGAGGAUCUGUACGAUCGCUUUGGCUUCGAAGCAUUUUUCGAAUCAAAGCUUGGAGACCAGGCAGUCCGCAUCCACCGUGAAACAUUCAACGUCAGUCACGUUCGACUAGCUCAAGCAUGUCUUGUGGCCAUAUGCGAUAAAUUUGACGACGAAGAAUAUGCGUCGUUCCGCACUUAUGCGUAUGAAUGGUUCGCGGACCAUCUGCGAGCGAUCACGAACAACGACGACAUCGAUAUAGCGACCAAGCAAGAUGUUGGGCGUAAAUUGGUCAGAGUCUUGCGCGAACCAGAAUUCAUCGAAGCGUGGUGGGAGAAGGAGGGAAUGUUCUUGCGAAGCUACUGGGUGUAUGGGACGAGCUGUCUGGAUCCUGUCUUCAAAUGUCUCAGCGACCCCGUCGUACAGCGUGGCCUCCUUGACAUGCCUUCGGAACGACAGUGGGUGAUCUCUGCCACCAGCGAUAAUACUAGUCCCACUCAGCUCUUGGUGAACGUGGCAAGAUACAUGGCCCAAAAGUGGUAUGAGCAGAGUGGAUUGAGCUUAGAUGCGUUCUGGUGGCUGUAUGGCUAUCAUAACCAGAAAGGUGAACAGCCGCCAGAUAUGUAUGAUGAUGUUACUCCAGCCGACGUCGAGCGCAUCGAGCAGUGGGCCAAAGAAACGAUCAGUGACACUGACGACCAAGCUCAAUGGCACAAGUGCAUGGCAGAAACAUUGAUAGACACUGGCAACUUUCUUGCGGCCAUCCCAAGAACGCGAGAAGCAAUCAAGCUUCGACCCAACGAUUGGCGACUCAAAUUCAGUCUCGUGGAAUCCCAAUUUCUUGCAAAGGACCCCAAAAGCGCUCUGGAGUCGAUCGAGAAUCUCUUCAAAGAUCAUGGAGCGCUUCUGGACAAUAGCGCUGACGAAUAUUACGAGUUUUAUCAUCGCACGCUGCUACCUUAUUACGGCAACCUCCAGCGCGAGCUAAAGGACUAUGCAGCAGCGGAAACCACCUAUUCAGACCUUCUAAAAGAGGCCAUGAAGAGGCCUGACAUCGACGGCCUAUUCCAGGAGUCACUUGUGCACAUGAUCAACAUCCUCCGAUUGCAGCAUAAACAUGAAGAUGUGCUGCAGUUCCUCCGAGAUCUCGACGCCCAAGCACACAAAAAGGAAGGAGGAUCAUGGCUAACGGCAGCCAUGUACUUCUACUCACCGCACGGCGAACUGCACGAACCUAUAUGGGAUUCCGCAAGACGUCUUGGACAGCUCGAGUUUCUCGAGGAGCGUUACAGAAAAGCACUUGAAGUGCAUGCCAGCGAGCCUGAGGGAGAUGUCGAGUGGGUCAUUCACCUCUAUCUUGGCUUCUGCCAUUCCUGCGUUCUACGAGCCACUGCUACCCCAGAGAACAGACUUCGUGCUCUGGAAGAGCUGGAGGAGAACCUUUACAGACCUUUGUCUGAAGAGCUCAAGGACAACUACAACGUCGAGGAGGUCAUGGCUUUGCAUACCGUUAGGCUCGCUGUCGAUCUUCUGGACAUGGCUAAGGAAAAUGGAUUGAGCUUACCACUGUCUCCUGAAGCAGCACGAUAUGCUGCUCGUUUGGAGAAGCUGACGCAAUUGAGGUCGCAACAGGAUUAUCAGGAUCCCCAUUUGACAUUGGCGAGAUUUUGGCACUUGGCUGGCGAUGAAAAACGGGCGAAAGACGCCGUUCGCGAGUAUUUGCAGCAUGGCAUGGAAUGGAUGAGGACGAUGGACAAUUUCAAGAAUGGAGUGUACAGGCUUGCGGUCACUUUGCAGGCUGUGGAUGAUGAUGUCAAUGCUACUGCGGCUUGGUCUCUGUUUUGGCCGACACGCAUGAACGAUGACGGCGAGUUCGUGCUCAAUUAUGUGGAUGACGAGGAGGCUAUGAAAGAGCUCGCAGAGGUGAAGUCCAAGAGUGAAGGUACAACAGCGGUAUCUCGAGAACCUGCUCGUGAAGCAGUGGAAGAACAAGCUGUCGCUGGAGCAGAACGCGAAGACACCGAUGAGCAAAGCCUUGAUCAACGAAAACCGGCUACACCAGAGAACCCAGCUGACGACCCCGAGCCCGCGAAACCCGCCACUCCAAAGCCCCAAAAACUCGAAGGCUUCCUCACCAGUUCCUGCGACGGCGACUGCGACAAAAAAUGGACCUACAUCGACCGCACAAUCUACUCCUGCAAAGACUGUCUCGACGUACAACUCGAAGAAGGUUGCUACAAAAAACUCCUCGCCGGCGAACUUAACACCACCGUCUGUUCUCCCAAACAUACACAUCUCGUCAUCCCGGCUUUCGAUCUUGAGAAGUGGAAAGAAUUGCCUGACCCGAGCAAGCAGUGUUGGGUCGGAGGGGAGAUUCGAGGUGAUAAGGAGUGGAGCGAGGGGAUUAAAAUUGCUUGGGGGAUUGAUGAGGAGAGUUUGAAGAAGAAGAAGAGGUUUGUGGAGGGGGUGAGGAAGGUGCAGAGCUUGUGGAGGGUUAGGAGGAAAGUUGUGGGAGAGGGAGAGGGGAAGACGGGUGCUGGGGUAUUGGUGAGGAGGGGGACUUCGUUUCAGAAUCAUCUUGCGGGUGGAGCUAGUGGGGUGGUUUCUCCUGCUUGA